AGCGCCUGCCUUCUGACAGUAUUAAUACUGACAUUACCGAGUCUGAUGAUGAUGUCAUUCUAUCCUCACCAAAAGGACUAUUGCUUGGAAUAGCUGACUUAAAGAUGUACAAAUGUUGCAUCAAUGAGAGAUGUUACAAAAGGAAGUUAAGAGAAAACAGAUGUUCAUCAUGUGGACUAUCCUACACAGAGGCUAGUUCUGGCAAUGGUUUUGUUGGAAAACUUUUGGUGAAGACUGACAGUGAAGUAAACACUUUUACUAUUUUUACACAGCAGGUAGAACAGCUUUGCAAACUUUUGGAGUGCAACAUAAAGAGUACCUCACUGGAAUCUGACAUUGCCAAAAAACUUCCUGUUAAUAUCAAAUUCCAAAAAAUGGAGCAAAAAAUCACAAAAAUUUUAGUUUAAACAUCUGUUGACAUUCACAGGUUUUAAUACUGAACUCUGCACAACUGU